GUUUGGCCAAAAAAUAAGAUUUAAAAUGAGCAAAGGGAGGUAACUUUGGUAGUAAACAAAGAUGGCGACUGAGAAGAUGAGACACUCGGUGUCGAGAUAUAUUUUUGUUUUUACGUUGUUUGCUUUCUUCGAAUAUUCUGUAGAGACUGACAGUGAAUUUUUAAGGAAAAGGUCAUCGAGCUUUGCAUCGGAACAAAUAAAAUUGAAGUAUGAUAGCAGGACAUUUGUGAUAGACUCUGAAAAUUUCCAAAGUGAAAAUGGUAAUGCGCAAAACUUUGACCCGUCAAAGAUUCUUUCUGCGAGAGGAAAAGGGCGAAAUAAGAGGGACACAUCGUCAUCAAAGACAAAUUCUCCAUCCUCUGUGUCUGUUCAGUUGAAUGACAGCCACACCCAGAUGAUCGUCCACUGGGCGGGGGCAGGGUCACAGGUCAUCAUUGCCCUGUCACGCAGUAGCCACCCCUCUAGCUCCUCCACCAGUAACCUGUUUAUAUCGUACGACUACGGGACCAGCUUUGAGAACAUGCAGUAUAAACUGACCAUGCCGCACUCCAUGGUGCCCAUCAUAAACCAUUACUAUAACAGUAGAGUCUACAACUCACAUUAUAUAUUUACGGAUAUAAUACAUAAUUACAUUUUCACCACCCUGGACUAUGGGCGGACAUUUUCCUCCCAUAGUGUUCCGUUUACACCAACAGACCUGAAGCUGCACGCUAGUAAUCCAAACCUGGUGCUGGGGAUGAACAAAAAUGAUACAGAGAAAAAGCUUUAUUUGUCUGAAGACUUUGGUUACAACUGGAGGAUGGUCCAGCAGGGAGUGGUCAACGUGGAAUGGGGUGAGGCUCCCUACGACAAUGAGACUGUGAUAUACGUGGAGAGACAGGAAAGCUGGAUGAACGGAGGAUCGAUUCUCAGCAGUAACAACUUGUUCCGAACCAGCCCCAAAAUUUUACUGUACGGAGGAAAGAACUUGAAAAUGGAGGGGCCGUACAUGUUUGCCACUAAAACAGCGAGCUUUUUGUUUGGAGGUCAUGGCCCAACAAAACAACUGUGGGUUUCAUACAAAAGACAACCUUUUGUUAAUACUCAGUUUUCCGAAAAUAUACAUAGAGAGGAUUAUUACGUUGCUGAUGCCUCAGAAGAGCAGGUCUUCCUAGUGGUCACUCACAACCUGACCACGGGGGAUUCCAACCUGUACAUCUCUGAUGUGACCGGGUCCAAGUACUCCAAGACACUGGACAACAUCGUGUAUUUCAAUCCAGAGGGAGCUCAUAGCACCAGCUGGCUCAGACAUUUUGCCAAGGAUGCAUUCGUAGACCUAACAAAGAUAAAAGGUCUGAAAGGUGUGUACAUUGCCAGUCAGCUGACCAAGAACAACAGCUUCCAGAGAGAUGAGCAGAGAAGUAUGAUUACAUUUGACAAGGGCGGGGAAUGGUCCCUGAUCAACCCCCCAGCCUACGACAUCAACGGUAACAAGACGAAGAACUGUACCUCACAUUCAAGGGAGAACUGCUCCUCUCUCCACCUGACUCAAGAGUUCAGUCGACUUUAUCCAGGAGCCAGAAAUGUCCCGAUCCUGUCGAGAGAGUCUGCACCUGGUAUCAUCAUGGCUACAGGGAUCAUAGGGCAAAACCUAAAGGACAGGCCUGAUGUGUACGUCUCUUCUAGUGCCGGCUACCAGUGGAGACCGGCACUGGAGGGGAGCUACUUUUAUGCCAUGGGUGACCACGGUGGACUAUUAGUUGCAGUACCACAGUUCCAGAAUACCAAAGACCUGCUGUACUCCUGGGAUGAAGGAGAGACCUGGAACUCCUACACCUUCCACAACGAGACGAUCCGGGUCUAUGGUGUACUUACGGAGCCAGGGGAGGCAACUGCUAUCUUCUCCAUUUUUGGCUCUCACUUAGGAUACCAUAAGUGGCUCAUCAUUCAAGUCAACAUGGAUAAGGUUUUCAGAUACACCUGUAAGAAAGAUGACUACAAGAUGUGGUCUUUCCCUGAUAAUCCUCCGUUUGCGGGCUGUAUCCUGGGCAAGAAGCUGGUGAUUGAGAGACGUAUAGCCCAUGCUGCCUGCUUCAACGGCAGAAACUACGACAGAACUAUUGUAGAGAAAAACUGCUCAUGUACCAGAGAGGACUAUGAAUGUGCAUUUGGUUUCCACCUGGAGGAGAGUUUGUUCAGCUUUAACCAGAAGUGUAUUGAGGACCCUGAUUCAGGCAUUAACAUACACAAACCCCCAAGUCCCUGCCCCCCAGGCACGUUCUACCCCUACUCCCGGGGCUAUCAGAAAAUCCCAGGAGACACUUGUCAGUAUGGAGAAGAUUACCGCUACGACCCCCUCAUGUAUUCCUGUCCUGUAGCAGAGCUGCCAGAGUUCCUGAUUUAUGUGGCUGGGACUCAUGUACACAGGGUUAUGAUGGGCAGUAACAGGGAUGAAAUCAUCUAUACGAACACCGUCAACAAUAUUGUAGCGGCAGAAUUUGACCUCAGCAGUAACUGCAUGUUUGUUGGCAUGGCGAGCGAAAUACAGAAAGUAUGUUUUGGGGAAAAUUCAACAUCACCAACAACAGCCAUGCCCCUGAUAUCUACUGGACUUAGGAGUAUUGAAUCUCUGGCUUUUGAUUGGUCGAGCAAAAAUCUGUACUGGGUUGAUGCCGGGGCACGAAAGAUAGAAGUGGCUCGGGAGGAUGGGCGGUACCGAAAGGAACUGUUUAACUCCACCUACCUGGACCGACCCCGGGCUCUUGUUCUUGAUCCCAGAUUUGGGUACAUGUACUGGACUGAUUGGUCAGCCAGUCACCCCAGAAUUGUACGAGCCUGGAUGGACGGCACACACAAUGAGACGAUCGUCACUGGAUACCGAGUACACUGGCCUAACGGGAUCACCAUUGACUUCCGCUCGGACAAGAUCUACUGGACCGACGCCUACAAACACGGAAUAUACUCCGCUAACUCUGAUGGGCAGCAUGUACAGGUUCUGAAGAGUGGAAGCUACUACAUUCCUCACCCAUACAGCAUAGGGGUGUUUAAGAACAAUGUGUAUUGGGCUGACUGGUCGAAGACCACAAUAAUGACUACAGACAAAGACAUUGGGCUGGGGCUGGAGUACAUUGUUAACAACACCUACCAUGUGUCCGAUCUGAAAAUCUACUCGAAAACCUCCCAGAGCUCACAUUCUCUUUGCACAAAUGGUAAUGGAGCCUGCACUCAGCUAUGCCUGCCCCGCCCCCAGUUUGAUGGCACAGGAGCCAAACUCUCCAAGCAGAAUCGCACCUGUGCCUGUAACGGAAAUUCCUUCAAGAUUCCCGGGGAAUCGGGGUCUUCUGAACACUGCAAGUGUGGAGAAAAAGACAUGAAAAUUAAUGGCGUCUGUGUGCCUACAAACUCCAGUGUUGACUCCAACUGCUCACACUCUCACUUCACCUGCUCCAAUGGGCGCUGUAUCCCAGCUACCUGGCUUUGUGACAGAGACGAUGAUUGUAGAGAUGGAUCUGAUGAAUUUGACUGUCCUUACUUGGAAUGUUCGACGGGCCACUUCCAGUGUAAAUCUGGAGCCUGUAUCCCUGAUCGCUGGCGUUGUGACCAUGACAACGACUGUGACGAUGGGAGUGAUGAAGAAAACUGUGAUUAUGCCAAGUGUACCAGUGCACAGUUCUCCUGCGAUAACAAACGAUGUAUACCCAGAAACUGGACCUGCGAUUAUGACGAUGAUUGCCAUGACAACAGUGAUGAAAAGAAUUGUCAUUACAAUGAAACCUGUAGUCCAGAGGAAUUCCACUGCGCUAAGCACCAGCCCAAGUGUGUCCCCAUGACCACCGUGUGCGAUGGUCACAACGACUGCGUGGACGGGUCAGAUGAGGUCCGCUGUAACACCACCAGCUGUCCGUCCUAUAAGUGGGCGUGUGCUGACCGUAACCAGUGUAUCUACAACAGCUGGCGAUGUGACGGCGAGGAGGACUGCAAUGACGGCAGUGAUGAAAAGAACUGUACUACAACUAACAGCACUACUGCUAUUCCAUCUAAUACCACCACCGUGGGCCCAUCCACAUCCCCCUUCUGUGAACUUCGCUGCUCAGACAUGCGCAGUUGCUAUGGUUACAGCCAGAGGUGUGACGGAAUCGUGGACUGUUGGGACUCAUCCGAUGAAAUUUUCUGUCCCGGUGACUCCUCUACCACUCCUGCUACCACGAAACUUCCUCAUGGCUGCAGUGAGAACCAGUUUUAUUGUUAUCGAGGUCACACAGUGUACCCCCAGUGUAUCCCGCAGACCUGGGUCUGUGACAACACCUCAGACUGUGAGAACGGGGAGGACGAGAAUAGCAGUGUUUGUAAAGAUGUAGAGCACUGUGCCAGCAAUGAUUUCCGGUGUCUGUACAUGGAUGGCUGUGUGCCUCGGUCCAAGGUCUGUGACGGUAAAUUCGACUGUCUGGACAGAAGUGAUGAGAUGGGUUGUGCCUUAUCCACACCCAAGACCCCAGUAACCACUACUGCAGCCCCUAAAAAAACCUGUCCCCAACUGCGAGAAGAAAAUUUUGCAAAAUUCCGGAAAAAUUAUUACACAUGUGAUGUGCAAGGGCAGGAAACAUGUGGACUGUGGUUACAUAUGUGUGAUUGGACAAACCCCUGUUAUCUAUAUGACAAUCUUAUUGUCUCUGUUUGUAACAAGAGAGUCAAUGUGACAAGACUGGAAGCCAGGCCUGAUUCAGAGGGAAAUAUACGCAUCUCAUGGGAGCCCCCAACUGACUACAGAAAUGAAAAGCUGAAGUACAUUGUAUCUUAUCUAGAAAAAGACAAUGAAAGAACUUGGGUGAAUACAACACAGAAUUUGACCCAGACACAAUACGUCUUGAAGAAUGUGCGACCAGUGACCACCUAUGAGAUAACUGUCUACGUGAUCCGCCCCAACAAACCGAUCAACUUUGCCGUGGAACCCAUUGAAGUGACAACCCUACAAGAAGUGCCUUUUGCCCCUGGGUCUCCGACCGUGAGCUAUUCCACUGACCACCUGACUGUCAUCUUCUCCUGGGUAAUCCCCCCAGGCUCCCGCCCACAGGAUAUCAACAGAUACAAGAUUUACUGGAAAGCUGCUUCAAACAAUGUUACCUCAAUGAUCUCAGUUCCUGGCGUUACCAAUUCCUUCAGGUUCGGUCGGGAGAAUCUGGAGUACAUGAAAAAGUACCAGUUCUGGGUGACAGCUGUGAAUCAAGCAGGAGAAGGAAAAGAAUCAAAAAAAGUUCCUGAGCAACCUUUGGUAUUUGAUGAUGGCGGAAUCAUAACAAAGGUUAACUUCACUGAACCGGAUAUGGUGGACUCCUUCACCAUCAAGCUGCACUGGAUGGGCAUCUCUGAUGCACAGGGCUAUAGGAUCACAUAUCUAGAUGCCAUGCAUGUUCCUGUGAAAAUAACUGUACAGAAACCCUCAGCACUAAUCACUAAUCUGUGCCCAGGCCUUCAGUAUGAAGUUCAAAUAGCUGCUUUUAAUAACCAUGGGGAUGGCCCAUCUAGAUCCAUUUUCCUUCAUACAAAUGGGACCACUCCAGUGGUGAAGCCAAGUGAUGCAGUAAUGCAGGACAACACCAAGUUUCUGCUCUCAAUGAAUACCACAGGCAUCAAGACCAGUGACUGGGUGGUUCCUGGACACAAGGAACCACAAAUUAAUUACACUGUGUACUAUGCUUAUGACCCGAGCGACCUAGAGGUUGGCUUUGAUCCAAGAACGAAGGCCAAGAACAUUACCGUGUCAGGACGAAACGUGAAAAGUGUUAUGUUGGCAGGAUUACGAGCGUGCGAGUCUUAUGUCGCAAAGAUUGCUGUUACGGCACCUGGAAUUUGUCCUCUGUCUAAUAUUGAGACCUUCCACACUGGGGAAGAUAUUGAAGCUCAACCUGAGAAUCUGAAGUUUGAGUUUUUCAAGGAUAGUAAGACAACAGGGAAUUUGACUUGGGAUGCUGCUUGCUCUGAGGAAUUCCUGCCUGUGGGAUAUGUUGUCAUAGUAACUGAGGAUCUGACCAAUAAAAGCUACAGGUCAGAGAAAUAUAAUGGUACCAGAGACCUGAAGCUCUCCCAGAUCUUGGGUCCCCUCAAGAGAGGGGGUGUAUACACAGUGGUGAUUCAGAGAGAUGUCAAGGGGGCCAGGAACCCCCGCCCCUCUGAUCCCAUGAAGAUCUAUGCAGAGCCCUAUGGGGGCCCCCUGAACCUGAUUGGAGCCCCACAGUCUGAUGAAAACAAAAUCACCUUGUCCUGGACUCCCAACAUCAUGGAUGCUCCUGAUUCAAAGAACCUUAAGGGAUAUGAACUACAAUACAUGAAGAGCCAUGUAGGGGGCAGUCACUCCCAGACUAAUUUCAUGACCUAUGGUAUCCUGGGUGGUACUUCCGCAGACUUCAAGAUCGAGGUGGACUCUGACUAUCACUUCAGGGUCAGGGUGGUCACCAAUGAUGGGUACCGGGGGGCCUGGAGCCAGGAGUACCACACUCUGUCCUCAGAGGUGUUUGCGGCAGCUCAAAGCACCACAGUGACACUGACUAAAACUAAUCUGAUCGCUAUCAUCGUGUCCAUUACAACGGUUGUCAUCGCACUUGUUGUUGUCCUUGCCUUUUUCAUCAUAAGACACCGGCGACUCCAGAGAAGCUUCAUGGCGUUUGCUAACAGCCACUAUGAUUCUAGAUCGGGGACCACAACCUUCACCGCAAAUGAUAUAGGUGAAGAGGAAGAUUCGCCCAUGAUAAGGGGGUUUUCUGAUGAUGAGCCUCUUGUGAUAGCAUAAUGAACAGAGAUGGAACAUCAACAAAGUGCCAUGUGUGACCUCAGUGGGUGGAGCUAUGUUGGAGGUCGUAGGUCAUGUGAUAUUCUGUCUUUGUUGUCACCCUGUGACUCUUUCUGUGAUUGGACAGUUUGUAUCAUGUGGGCUCCAUGUGAUACAAGUUUGAACUUAUUUUGUAAUUUACAUUGUUUUUCAUUUAAUUUUGAAGUUUGAACUUAUUCUGUAAAUUUACAUUGUUUUUCAUUUGACAUUUAACAAAAUGUUUAUUAAAAAUGCAUUUUAUGCACAAUUUGAUAUAUAAGCAGUUAAAUUCAUGAUUGUAAACCAACAACUCUUUAUAUUUGUAUGAGCCAUUCAUCUUUUUUUAUCGGUAUUUUUAUUUUGGGGGGGGGAUAGGAUCCUAAUUUCUAUAUUAUAUAUUUUUUUAAGUUUUCAUUUCAUAUCAUUUUGCUAUUAGAUUUAAAGAUUUUUUUCUGGAAAGACACAAAAAAAAAAUUUGAAAGUUGCAUUGAUGGUACUCAUAAGACUCAUUGUGUUGUUGUAUUCUUGGUGAGAUUAUCUGACAAGUAGGCAUUGGUUUGUGUUGUAGUUUCUAUAAAGAACAUGUAUAUGUGCACUUCUAAUUGCAACAUACAGUGUCAGCCUGACCCAGCAAUACGCUAUAUUUAAUCUACUAAGCAUAUCAGUAAGUUCUGUCUUCAUGCAUAUACAUGUAGCUUUCGUGAACAUUCCAUGAUUUAGACUGGAGUUUGCUCAUAUUAAGUUAAUGUACCAUUAAUUAAAGGAUUGUGGCUGUUUCUGGAGAUUGUGUGGUAGAGUAUUCAGGAUGUGUUUGUUGUACAAAUAUUUGUACCUGGCAGUGAAGUAAGGUUGAGGUAAUAGAAAUUCAUGUGCUUUUUACUUGUUGAUUGUACAAAUGUAUUUUUGAACUUCAAUUUGCGUGAAAUUUUUUUUUGUUAUUUUUUUUUUUUUUGUUAUCUGUUGGGUAUAAUAUUAACAAAAUAUAACAAUACACCCAAAAAUAAAAGUUUUCUUCAUAACAGUUAUGUCUGUUUUCAAUCUGUUAAUAAUCCCUCUUUUGAUAAGAUUCACCUGAUGUAUCCUUACUUACAGGUAACAAAUGUUGUGGAAAAAUACAUAAAAUUUUAGAUCUGAGUAGAUACAUGUAGAUUUCAUAUUGAAGGUACAUUGUAAAUGAUCCUAAUAUUUCGAAUCUCAUUUUUUAAUUGCUUUUGGUUUCUUUUUAUAGUGCUAUUCAAAAUGCUUAUUGAUUUUUUUUUUUUACAUUUAUAUAUUAUCCUUUUUUUUGGCUAUCAACCAAAAAAAAGACUAUUAAGUGGAUCUGCUUUUUGUGACAGCUAGAGUACACGUAAUCUAACAUUGUAAUCAGUUGCAUUUUUAUUUUUUGUUGUUCAUGUAUAGCUUUUUUUUUUCUUUGUUUUGUACAAACUAUACACUGUACUUGUUUUGAUCAUAUCUUUAAUAUAUAUCUCAUCUUUUCCAUUAAAUUCUCAAUUAAAUAAUUUGCUUACACCUCCCUCCCAACCCCUACCCCUCAACUUUUAGUUAUCAUCAAUUUUUCCCAUUAAGACAAUGUCCUAUGUGGAAUCAAAGAGAUUAGUUAAGAAAUUGGCUGUGCAUAUAAUAACAGUAUCAAUAUUGAAUUUUUUUCUUGGAAAUGUCUUAAUUCACCUUAGGAACUGGUAUUUGCUUCUUUUAAUUGAACAUUAAAUGUCGAUGAAAAAUUAAUCAAAUAUGGUAUGAAUAUAGGCAGAUGUUCAAUGUACAAUGUGUAUAUCUAUAAUAGAUUUUAAUGUUUUUUGGUGCAUCAAAGCAUAUACAUAUACAUAUAUAUGUACUUCUUCUUGCUAUCUUAGAGAAAUGUAGGAUUUAGAAAGCUUUCCAAUUACCAGGAUACACGAACUGACUGUCACUUACAGUCAUUUUGACUAAAGUACCGAUAUGUCCAAUAUGUGAUUGAAAGAGUGCUAAAGCUACAGUAACUUAAAAGAUAAUACAAUUUAGCUAGCUUUAAAAUUCAACAUUUGAAAUGAGAAAGUAAACCCAAUAUAUAUAAAACACAUCAUUUUGGAGUCAAUUUUGAUAUGAUAGCUUACAAUAGCUCUGAUAUAACUUUGCAAUAUGGAUGAAAAGAUACAUAGCAUCUUAAAAGAAACAUCAUUGGCUGUGGUAUUACCGUAUUCUCCCUAUUCAGCUCCCCUGAUAGUGAACCUCUGUAAGUUUACUUUUAUUUCUACUAAAAUAAGACACCAUUUUAAUUUGGUAUAAAAUUUCAGGAGUUCUGUGAAAUCAACAACAUUGUAUGUGCUGGAUAUAUGAAAGGAAAUUAAUUUCAAAAAUGUAAGUUACUUAACAGUUUUUAAAAUAAAUGGGUAUGAUUGAGAUUUGAGAAAUGUUAACUUUUCAAAUUUGUUUUUAUUUUCAAGGAAAAAAUAAAAUUAAAAGUUUAAACAACUGCCACUUCCCUUUCUUUUAUACAUAUCAUUUUUUUCCUCAAAAACAUAUAAAAGUAUACAUGAUUGUUGAAAUUUCAGUGAACUUUUUUGUUCAUUUAAGUUAGAAUUGCAUAUUUUGUCAAACUUUGAAAAGUUUUUCCCUGUGUAAAAUCAUUUUAAUUACGACAGAAAUUUUUGAAAUAUUUGUUCUAAUUUUUUUCUCCUAUAUGGGUCAGGGUUUUCAUGUUGUUUUGUAAGAUGUUUGAAUUAUAGUUACAUGUAUUGCUUUAUCUCCUUCUACAGAUAUAUUCAUAAUUACGUGGGUUUCUUCAUUGAUGUUGAUUUCAUUGUUGGGUGUGUACUGUUUUGAUUCAUUGACUCAAAGCUUGACAUGAUUUAUGCUGUAAAUGUUGAUUUAUGAUUAAACAUCACUUAAAUAUUGACA